AUGAAAAAGAACGCCGCCGUAUCCAGUGUGCGCAAACAAAAUGACUUCACGAAGCUGCUCAUGGCAGGGUACGACCUGGAACUGGUCAACGGGAGCAUGCAGGAAUUCAACGUCACGUUCCACGGGCCGAUAGGCACUCUGUACGAAGACGGGGUCUGGAAGGUCCACGUCACCCUGCCCGACGACUACCCCUUCGCCUCGCCGUCCAUCGGUUUCCUGAACAAGAUGUUGCACCCUAAUGUAGACGAGUCAAGCGGCUCCGUGUGUCUGGAUGUCAUAAACGAAACGUGGACGCCAAUUUACAGCCUCGUGAACGUGUUUGACACCUUUCUCCCCCAGCUCCUAACCUACCCGAACCCCAGCGACCCGCUGAAUAACGAGGCCGCGGCGCUCCUCAUGGCGGACAAGUCCUCCUACGAGAAGAAAGUACGAGAACACGUCAAGAAGCACGCCAGCAAGGAGGAGUGGACCAAGGCUCGCGCCAGCACGACGGCCACCGAAGAGAAGUCCGCGCCCGAAAUGGAGGACGAUGAAUCUGUCACAAGCGACCUCGACGACGCGGAGUACGAUAACUUUUAA